GGUAGAAAAGAAGCCUAAUCAACAACCAGUUCGCAGCAGUGUGACCUUAUUGUUCACCCAUUAAAUCCCCGCAGAUCUUGACAGACCUAAAAGUGCAAGUCCGGUCUGUAAGCUCUUUGUUGACUGGCAAUAAGGUCAGUAGGAAGUCUUCCGCAGGGGUCGUGUUGUACUUUUCACCUGUUCAGGAGGGAGAACACCUGAUUGCUGCCCUCCAAAUGCUGCUGCAUUCCCAGUAGACUGGGUUAAAGAUAUUAAAAGAUGUGGGAGCAUUUCAAUGCGCAGUACACAGUGAGUCUCGUCGGUGGAAGGAGGCGCGGAACAAGAGCCAGAGAACUACACGGGAGAGGGAGAAUUGAGUUACACUGCAAUUACGCUUUUCUUGCAAAACGACGUUAUUUCUACGGGCAGCCGACACACACACGCAACCUGAGCCAAACUAACUGAGAAUUUAUUUUAAACCCGGACAAGAGGGAGUAUACAGAAAACCAGAGUGCAGAGUCCAAACUGUGAGAGUGUGCAUAUACAUGCUUGUGUGAGAGCUCGGGGGCAUACAUUAUAUGUGUAUGUGAGAUGAGGAGAAGCUAAGUGGCUACCACAACCACCCAGAUCAGACCGCCUCCUGUGCUGCAAGAUGGAUUAGAGCCCCACACCCCAGGAGAUCAAAGGUGGCUGUGACAGGGGCACCCCCGGGGCAGGACCCAUGAGGAGUCAUAGAAGAUGCUCACAGCCUGGGCGCUUCUGCUCUUCUUAGCCAUGUGGGUGAGAAGCACCUCUAGUGGCCCGCUUUCCUUCAGAAUAGCUGCCAUCCUCGAUGACCCGAUGGAGUGCAGCAGAGGGGAACGUUUGGCCAUCACGCUGGCCAAAGACAGCAUCAACAGGAACAGUAACCGCUCAACCACUGGGAAGCUGGAGGUGGACAUCUUUGAACUGCUGAGAGACAGCGAAUAUGAGAUGGGGGAAACAAUGUGCCAGAUCAUGUCCAAAGGGGUGGUUGCAGUGCUCGGUCCCUCUGCCAGCCCGGCCUCCAACUCCAUCAUCAGCAAUAUCUGUGGAGAGAAGGAGGUGCCUUAUGUCAAGGUGGCUCCAGAGGACAUUCUGAAAGUUCAGUUCCCCCGGUUCACCACUCUGGACCUGAGACCAACCAACACCGACAUCAGCUUGGCUGUAGCCGGCCUUCUCACCUUCUUUAACAGCACCACCGCCUGCCUCAUCUGUGUACAAGCUGACUGCUUAUUGAACCUGGAGCAGCUCCUGAGGCAGUUCCUCAUCUCCAAGGAGACUCUGUCAGUGCGCAUGCUUGAUGACAGCCAGGAUCCGACCCCGCUCCUGAAGGAAAUACGAGAUGACAAGACUGCCACAAUUAUAGUGGAUGCCAAUGCCACCAUGUCACACAUCAUUUUGGAACGGGCAUCAGAGCUGGGAAUGCUGUCAGUCUACUACACUUACAUCUUCACCUCUCUGGAAUUCUCUUUACUCCGACUGGACGACGUGGCGGACCAACGAGUCAACAUCGUUGGUUUUUCGGUCUUCAACAAAACUCAUCCCUUCUUUCAGGAUUUCGUGCUAAGCCUCAACCGCUCCUGGCAGGAGAACUGUGAUCAUGCACCUUUUGCUGGAACCCCGCUCUCCUCAGCUCUGCUCUUUGAUGCGGUAUACGCGGUGGUGGCGGCAGUCCAGGAGUUGAACCGUAGCCAGAAUGUUGGUGCCACUCAGCUCUCCUGCAAGUCCUCCAAGAUCUGGGAGCACGGCACCAGCCUCAUGAAUUACUUAAGGAUGGUAGAAUUGGAAGGUCUAACAGGACACAUUGAAUUCAACAGCAAGGGUCAGCGGUCUAACUACGCCCUGAGGAUCAUGCAGAACAGCAAGGAUGGCCUAAGGCAGAUUGGCCUGUGGCACUCGGAAGAUGGACUGUCCAUGGAGAGAACUCUUCCAUCAAUCAAUGUGACAGACACCCUUUUCAACACUACUCUUACCAUCACGACAAUAUUAGAGAAUCCAUAUGUGAUGCUGCGGCCGAACCACCAGGAACUGGAGGGAAAUGAUCGCUACGAAGGCUUCUGCGUGGACAUGCUCAAAGAGCUGGCAGAUAUUCUCAAGUUUAAGUAUCGCAUCCGACUGGUGGGGGACGGACUGUACGGGGUUCCCGGAGCCAAUGGAACAUGGACCGGCAUGGUUGGCGAGCUAAUCUCAAGGAAAGCUGACCUGGCAGUCGCGGGCCUCACCAUCACUGCAGAGCGUGAAAAAGUCAUCGACUUCUCCAAGCCCUUCAUGACCCUCGGUAUCAGCAUCAUGUACCGCGUCCACCUGGGACGCAGGCCUGGCUACUUCUCCUUCCUGGAUCCCUUCUCCCCUGGAGUCUGGCUCUUCAUGCUUCUGGCCUACUUGGCUGUCAGCUGUGUCCUCUUUCUGGUGGCCAGACUGACACCAUAUGAGUGGUACAACCCCCACCCCUGUCUAAAGGGACGCUGUAACCUGCUGAUCAAUCAGUACUCGCUUGGCAACAGUUUCUGGUUCCCUGUCGGAGGCUUCAUGCAGCAAGGAUCCACCAUUGCUCCCAGAGCUCUGUCCACACGUUGUGUCAGCGGAGUCUGGUGGGCCUUCACAUUAAUCAUCAUCUCAUCCUACACCGCCAACCUGGCUGCCUUCCUAACGGUCCAGAGGAUGGAGGUGCCGAUAGAGUCAGUAGACGACCUGGCGGAUCAGACGGCAAUAGAGUACGGCACCAUGCAUGGAGGAUCCACAAUGACCUUCUUCCAGAACUCUCGCUACCAGACCUACCAGCGUAUGUGGAACUUCAUGCACUCGAAGCAGCCCAGUGUGUUUGUGAAGAGCACGGAGGAGGGCAUCGCCCGCGUCCUCAACUCCAACUAUGCCUAUUUGCUGGAGAGCACCAUGAAUGAGUACUACCGCCAGAGAAACUGCAACCUGACUCAGAUUGGAGGACUGCUGGACACGAAGGGCUACGGCAUUGGCAUGCCACUGGGGUCAGUGUACCGUGAUGAGUUUGACCUGGCCAUCCUCAAAAUGCAGGAGGACAAUCGUUUGGAGAUCCUCAAGAGGAAAUGGUGGGAUGGUGGCAAGUGUCCAAAGGAGGAGGACCACCGUGCUAAAGGUCUGGGCAUGGAGAACAUUGGCGGUAUCUUCGUGGUGCUGGUGUGUGGCCUGCUGGUGGCUAUCUUCAUGGCAGUGCUGGAGUUUGUCUGGAUGUUAAGGCAGACACCAGGAAACGAGCAGUCAGUGUGUGAGGAGAUGCUGCGGGAGCUGCAGGGGAUCGUCCUGUGUCGCGACAGCCUGCAGGUGAGGCGCCGGCGGGCGGCCCCAAUGAUGCGGCCGCGGCCCUUACCCCUGGAGGAGCGUCGGGCUCGAGCUGCCGCCGUCAGCCUCAGCAACGGCAAGCUGUGCGGAGGCACCGGACUGCCUGAACCCCUCUCCCACAGACUGGCACAGGAGGCUGCCCUGGUUGCGAGAGGGUGCAGCCACAUCCGCAUUUGCCCCGAGUGCCGGCGCUUUCAGGGACUGAGGAUGCGUCCUGCAGGGGCCACGGGUGCCCUCCCUUCUCCCACGCACAGUGAGGAGAGCAUAGAGUGGGACAAGACCACAAAUAGCAGUGAACCUGAAUAACGCCCAGCGAUUCCAACAGGACUGACUUUCCCAAAGGCCGCCUCUAUAUUUUCCAGGGAUCAAAGAUCGUGUGGUUGUUUUUGUUUUGUUUUUUUCUUUCUUUUCUGAUUCAGCCAUUUGGAGCUUGAUCGUAAAGGGCAGGACAGUGCUGUGACUUUGUUUUGCCCUAGAGGCAACAGCCAGUAGUCAGUUUUGAAAUCUCCUGGGGUGAAUUUUUUACGUGGUCAUAAGAGAAACUGAUGAGUCUGUCUCGUUGUGGUCUGUCCCUGUUGGCCCUGCGUGCUGUGUAAAACAGGACGAACAAAAACAGCUAUGGGGCACUUGUACUAUGCAGUAUUUUCAGUCAUUUAUCAUUGUGCUGUUUUUUUUUUCUUUUUUUCCUUUUUAAAUUAUUUCUGUCCUCUGUUGGGUUAUCGGUACUGAAUAUUGUUAUUCUAUUGUUCUUAAAAGAUCUUUAAACAAACUCCUUUUUUAAUCUGAAAAUUUACUGUAUGGGCGUAUAUUGCCUCUGAAGAGCUGCAGAGAUGAACAGACUAAAGCGAAGUCAUCCUUCAAACCUUUUAUUUUGAAAGUGCCAAAAACCAUAAGUACUAUCUUGUGGCUGAAGAAAGCACCACAGCCUUGAGAAGACAAAAACUCAACUGAACCUAGAAAACAAACAAACAGAGACAUACAGACACAUGGACUCCUUUUAUAGUAGUGAUAUUCUAUUAAAAAAAUGUUUUAACUGUUGGUAUCUCUGAAAGACAGCGAUGCAUGUCCAGAGGUGUUGGCAGGUGCUCAUUGAAUGAUUAACUGCUGAAGUGGUGGCUGAAGGAAAGUGUUCCUGUUUUGAAUACCUGCUUGAAAACAUCAUGGCUGCACACACAAACACAAAGACAUUUCAUUGAUUUCAGCUUCCUUUGUGUUUGUGUUUUGUGUUUUCCUUUGUGUUUCCUUUCUCCUCCAUAUGUCCUACAUCUUUGACACAAUGACACAUUUAUUGUCUCAUUAAAUGUCCUCUAUAUGAUCUCUCACUUCAAAGUAUUUACACAGUCUCCUGCGGAGUAUACAUGUGUCUAAGAAGGAUUCAGGGUCCACAAGGACAAGCCAGUGAGAUCGAAUGAAACCCAGCAUGUAUCAGGUCCAACCAAAAGUCCGGGUAGAGUAAAAAAAAAGGCUUUUUAUAUCAGCAAUUGACUUGAGUUCUUUAAAUGUCAAGGCAGUUAAACUUUUAUUGAAUGAGAUUAUUUUUUUCUUUUUUUUUACACACGGUGUUUCACUUAAGAUAAGCCUGACAUUUUCAUGCUUUUUUGUUAGAAAACAUACAAACAAAAAACUUAAAAUAUAUUAAUCACGUCUGUAAGAGACAGAUUUUUAAUGUAAACAACAAUGAUUGGUUACAGUUUUAAUUAUGUUGUUCUGUCAAGAAGUCAAGAAAUAUUUUUUGUUCAGUAUAUCAGUCAGACCUCCAGAGGUGAAACAAACCACCAGCAACAGGAUUCUUAGGAUUUUUGAGUUAAUUUCUACGUGUGACUUGGUGUUGACCCACUGAACCGAGUGGUUUUGAAGGUGUUACUGUAGCCUGACUGCUGCACAGUGAGACUCAGCGGUCAGACGCCUGUCUACGCUGCUCCUCGCUUACCCUGUGUGUGUCCAUCAGCUUCUGUCAGUCACCAUCACUCAGAAUUAGGCCACCAACUCAACAUAUCUUGAAGGUACCACUGCAGUGUCUCUCUUGUACUUUUAUUAGCCACAUUCGCUUUCUAUCUUUGGUAUUUUUCACCUGCUGGUUGUACAAAUCUGUGUGUGUUCUUUUAAUGUAGCAACCACGAAAAGGAGUGAAUGUUAAACUGAGGUGUCCAGUCUGUCAAUGCUCAUCUUUUUUUAUUUCUUCACUUUAUUGUCACUCGGUCACAUCUCAUUCCUCACGUACACACAAAUCUAAACACACAAAUACACCCCCCC